AUGACAAUCCGUUUGUCAACUGAGCCUGUACAUAUGUCUGCAGAAACUAACCAGGCAUUAUGUCAUAUAUUGUUCAUAAUAAUCUACCUAUCUCAUUCAUAUCUGUCUCAUUCUAAAUCUAUCGAUCAAUCUCUCUCUCUUUCUCUCUCUCUUUCUGUAUCUAUCAGUGAAAUCAUUAUCUAUCUAUCUAUCUAUCUAUCUAUCUAUCUAUCUAUCUAUCUAUCUCAAUCCUUCAUAUCUAUCUAUCUAUCUAUCUAUCUAUCUAUCUAUCUAUCUCAGUUUGUUCCUAUCUAUCUAUCUAUCUAUCUAUCACAUAUACAUCUGCACACACUGUCUGUAUCUCUCUCUUUCUUUCUCUUUUUCUCACUCUCUCUUUCUCUCUAUCUCUAUUUCUCACUCUCUCUAUCUCUCUUUCCCAUAGAUAUUUUAAUGUUUGCCUACUUUAUCCUUCUAUCACCCUCUUUAUAUCUUUCUCUUCUCUUUCUCUGUUUGUAUCUCAUCUAUUCCUAUCUAUCUAUCUAUCUAUCUAUCUAUCUAUCUAUCUAUCUCAGUCUAUUCAUAUAUGUCUAUCUAUCUAUCUCAUACAAAAAACGACCUUUCUUUGCAUUGUCCUCAUCAAGCGCCAUGAGAAUAUAUAUGAUCGAGAAAGGAGAGGCUGAUUGA